CGGUUCCUUAAACCCUAGUCUCGUCAUCGCCGACCAUCGUAGACCAUCGUAGACCAUCGCACCAGUGUCAAUGGCGAAAUCCUUAUCCCGCUCUACCGCCUCACGCAUCGCUAAUCGUUUCUUCUCAACCUCCAGAGCUGCCUCUCCUUCUCCGCUUCCUUCUAACCAUAUCUCCCGUCGAUCCUCACCGACGCUGUUCCACGCCGUCGGAUUCAUCCCCACUUCGAGCCGUCUCACUACGAUCCGGACCAGGAUGGAUAGAUCCGGUGGAUCGUACUCGCCGAUCAAAUCCGGAUCAAAUUUCAGCGACCGACCACCUACUGAAAUGGCGCCGCUAUUCCCCGGUUGCGACUACGAGCAUUGGCUUAUCGUCAUGGACAAGCCCGGCGGCGAAAACGCUAAUCGCCAGCAAAUGAUCGAUUGCUAUGUUCAAACCCUAGCCAAAAUCGUCGGCAGUGAGGAAGAAGCUAAGACGAAGAUCUACAAUGUUUCUUGCGAGAGGUAUUUUGGUUUUGGCUGUGAGAUCGAUGAGGAAACAUCAAACAAACUUGAAGGAAUCCCUGGUGUUCUGUUCGUGCUUCCAGACUCUUAUGUUGACGCAGAGUACAAAGAUUACGGAGCUGAGUUGUUUGUGAACGGGGAAGUAGUUCCGCGGCCACCGGAGAGGCAGAGGAGGAUUACGGAGUUAACAACUCAAAGAACCUCGGAUAGACCAAAGUAUCAUGACAAAACCAGAUAUGUCCGACGGAGAGAGAACAUGCGUUGACUCUAAUUCUUGGAGUCUAUUCUAAACAUCGCUCCUAUCCCUUUGAACUUUGAUCUUAAUUGCCUCUCUUUUUGAUUUAUUUUAUUUUCUCCACUCUGUAUGUAAAUGGUGAUCCGUGAUCAUAAUGAUGAUGAUGAUGGUAUUAUGGAUGAGGUUGGUUCUUCUUAUGCGCUUGAAUGAUUUAAUUUCUAGGCUGCUAGCAGGUAUCGAA